UGCUUUUUCAUGACUCGUGCUGGCAAUGGCACAGACACGAGAUCGACCUAUUGAAGUGGCGAUUGUCGGAGCUGGUGUCUCUGGCCUCGCGGUUGCCAAUGGACUACUUCAAGAUGCUCAGCAGCGGUACAAUAUUACCGUCUAUGAGCGGGACUCUAUCGCCUUCAGCUCGGAUCGAGGGGGAUAUCAGAUCCACAUCAACACUACCGCCCUCGAAGCUCUAAGACAAGUAUUGGAUCAGUACAGCUGGAGUCUCCUCCAGAAAUCCUGGACCAGGAAAGAUCCACGACCGCCAUCGCUAGUGAACCCAGCAGAUUUCGGCCUGGUUCUCGACCUUUCCCAACUCAAGUUGUAUCCUCAAAGCAAGCAGAUUGCAAGGACAAGUCUGCGACGCGCUCUGUUGGAUCGCCCACUGGGAAGAGCUUGUGUUCGCUUCGACCAUCGCCUAGAUCGACUCAUCACUCAUGAGACGGAUGUCGAGCUGUGCUUUACGAACAAAGCCAGCACUCGCGCCGAUAUCGUCAUUGCCGCUGAUGGAAGCAACAGUAAGAUAAAUGCUCUACUUGGCUUGAAAAACAAAGUCAAGCUCAAGGACUGGGUCUCUAUCCAAGCAAGAGGACCCAUCGAUCAAGCCACAUAUGAAGCUCUGCCUGCAUCUCUAAAGACUGCGGGCGCAGUGGUAUACCUUGGCGGACGCAAGAUUGCUGGAUACGUCACCGUAUAUGGCGGCCAAUGUGAUACUGACGUGCAAACCAACAACGACAAUCUCACGCUAAACUGGGCUGUCAUGCUACCUUCACAGAUUGGACAGCCUAUGCUUGAGAUGGCACAAAGUGAUUCUGAAGCAUCGAUAGAGCUGCUAGUCGACUACAUCGAUCAAGCUUUAGGCCCUUCACAUCCUUUGACAAAUAUGGCCACUAGUGUGAAAUCCAACAUGAGAGUUGGGCUGCUCACAAGCUCGGUCCAACCUGCCAUUGAUUGGCGUCAAACAGCAAAUGCAAGUCCUCAAAUCUUCCUUCUCGGCGAUGCGAUCCAUGCCAUGGCGCCAAGUCGAGGGAUGGGUGCUAAUCAGGCACUCAUCGACGCUGCGAAGCUGGUGGCUCUCCUCAACGAAUCGUCGAUUUCUGAUCCUGCGUCUCUGCAAACCACGCUGCCGGAUCUCGUCCAGAAAUUCGAAGCAGAGAUGUUGCCUCGUGCGUUCAAAAUGGUCAAAGCAAGCGAAGACAUGAUCGGACUUGAUUUGACUAGUCGUCUGGACCGGUGGAAGGUCUACGCUGUUGGCUUUGUGCUGACUGUCGCGGGAUGGGGCUACAGCAUGCUCGAGCUCGUCGGACUAUUUGAUAACAAGCGAUGGGAAGACCUAGCGCAUCAUAAGGUCGAAUGAUCAAACGGCUUGAGUCGGGCAAAGGAUACACAAGACGAGGGGGGACAACUUCUACACGAUGAUGAACGUAUAAUCGAAGAAGAGCCUGUUUAGGUAGACUACCUGAACGGAAGA